AUGGAUGUAGCAGAGGUGCUGCCUCACUCCGGCGCCUGCAGCCUAUCUCCUGAUGGUCGGUGCCUCGCCGUCGCGCAGGGGAAGAAGCUGCACCUGCGCUCCGUACCGUCUCACGAGGACCUCCGAACGUGCACCUGCACAGGCCCAAUCUCAGCCGUUGAAUGGGCUCCAGAUUCCACAAUGGUGUUUGCAGCUUGUUACUCACAAGCUACAGUUCAUGUGUGGGCCAUGGCUCUCCCUGACUGGUCCGCUACAGUGCGUGAGGACGAGACAGCAGGCCUGCUGCACGCCUCAUGGGCUCCGGACUCCACCCACCUGCUGCUCUCCUCGGACCACAGGCUGCGUGUGACAAUAUGGAAUGUGACAUCGAGGUGA